GGACCUGGAUGUGGUCACCCAGAGCUUGCGACUGACUUGGUCAGGGAUGGAAGAGGUGCUGUGUGAAGCCUGGUUCGUGGUAUUUCACAGCUUCGACCGAAAAAACCUCCUGCGCAUUGAGAUGCUGCCCGGCCGCCCUGAGCCUUUGGAGGAGAGCAGUGGCUUGCGGUUGGAGGGCAUUCCACCUGGCCAUUUCUGGGUUUCGGUGUUGUCAUACCACCGCUCUGCUGGUCUCUCAAUGCCACUGGCCAUGGGCCAUUGUGAAAUUCCUGUGGACGGAGAGGAGCUGAAACGUCGAUGCGCCGAUUCCGGCGUGGAUGCGCAAACCGAGACGAUCUGGGAGGUGAAAGACGUAGGUACCGAUCCGUUGCACAUCGUGCGGGCGAUGGCAGAUGCGGAAGUGCAAAACGUGGCGGCUUCGGUGGAUGCAGUGGCCCAAUGGCCUGCCGUACCAGUGGAGCGUGUGGACGCCAGUACGAUGCCCUGCCAGAGCACCAGCAGCGAGACACGGCACUGUGCCACCGCUAGCGCUGUGGGCUGCUUCGACCUGCCGGUGGUCCUGAAGUUGGAGGAUCACUCCGAGCCCUCGGCGCCUGAGAGCGCGCGCGGCUUGUGGCUCAACUGGGACCCCCACGGCUUGCAGGAGCUGGCACCUCGAUUGGUGGCCCGCGCGCGGCAUGUGUCGGGUGCAGGACUGGUGGACGGUGCCAUGGGCGUCAGCCGGGCGUCCUUCCAACUCGAGGUGGGGCGAUACGAGCUGCUCUUGAGCUGUGAACUGGGACUUGGCCAAGCAGAAGUGCGAGCGUGUCCACACCAGCGCUGCCAGCAGAGAUUUUGGUCGCAUCACUUGGAGGCGCAUCUCAGUAGAUGUCCUUGGCAGCCACGGCCAUGUCCAAGGGCAUCUAAGGGAUGCCAAUGGAUGGGCUGCAGUGACGAACUGGAAAGCCAUGAGUUGGAAUGUGUUGGGAUGGAGGUCGAAUGCAAGAACCAACACUUGGGAUGUAAAUGGGUAGGUCCUGCAUCGCUUGAAGCCGCUCAUUUGCAGGAGUGCCCGGCUGAAGGGCUACUGGAGGUGGUGCAGCCCUUAGAGAAGCUGCUCAGCGAGGCUUGUCCGGACUUUCGCAAUCCAGAGACGGCGCGCUUGGUCCAGCAAUGUCUGCAGUACAGACGCUACGUGCGGCCCUGCGGGCAGUGGAAGGAAUGGAAGAGCUCCGGCCGGUGUUGUGAAUGCAGCAAGAUCAUCGAUCGGAAAGAGAAGGGUCUCCAAUGUGAGACCCCGAGCUCACGACUUUGCUGGUCGUGCAUGCCCAGUCGCAUGGAUUGGCAGCGCCUCAAGGAUGAAGGUAAAAUUGUGAAACCCAGCCAAGAUUGACCGGCGGAAAUGGAUGGCAACGGGCGUGGCUAUGGGUCAUGGCCCCAAAGUGACCGAUAAAAAAUACAGUAGGUGACUCAAGGCCCCCAAAGAGAAUCCAUAACCGCCUCCGAUUGGCCAAGCUGGCAAUGGCCAGUCAAAGGUGCCAGCUGGUGAAAAAAGAUGCAUGGGGCAUGUCCAUCGAUGAGUCAGGCUUCUCUCAGAGCAGGUUUCUGCUUACUGAAGUUACUGACGUCACUG